ACAGCGCCAACCUUCUUCAGCAGCAGACGGCCAUAACUCAACUCCAGUGCCCCUCUUUCGAUUCUUGCAGACGAUUCUUGAGAAAAUUGCAAAUGGGUUAUUCCAAAGACCAGCUGAUAGCUCGUUUAAAGGAGCUUCAAAUUGAUUUUGACCAAUAUGAGCAUCCAGUUGUAUUGACGGUUGAAGAGCAGGCAAAAUAUGUAGGGCAUUUGGAUGCUGCAUUGAGUAAAAAUCUAUUCUUGAAGGACAAGAAAUCCAGGUUUUAUAUUGUUUCUGCACUGUCAAAUACCAAAGUGGACAUGAAAAUUUUAUCACAGAGGCUUGGUCUAGGAAAAGGAGGGUUGAGGAUGGCUCCUGAAGAAGCACUUGGAGAGAUACUUCAGGUACCUCGGGGUUGUGUUACUCCAUUUGCACUUGUAAAUGAAUCUGCUAGGAGCGUUUCUCUACUGUUAGACCAAGGAUUGAAAACCCAGGGGCACUGUUUCUUCCAUCCGCUAUCUAAUGAUGUGACAAUAUCUCUUAACGCCCGAGAUCUUGAUAAGUUUCUGAAUUCAAUUGGAAAGCCGCCUGCCUAUGUUGAUCUGGAGGCUAAUCCUCCCGUAGGAAAGGAUCAACCUCCUGAUCUAGCUGCUUUUGUUCCAUCUGAUGCAACUAUCCUGCCAGAUAAUCUGGAGAAAACAGCUUCCUCUGUAGCUCCUGAAAAUAAUCAUAUUAGUGCGGAUAUCAAAUCAAAAGUAGUUACAGAUAAACCAAAUAAGCCACCAAAUGGUCCAAAAAACGAGAAAUCCACUAAUGCCCCUGCUGUGUCAGCCUCCUUCAGUGAUCCUGAAAAAUUUGUGGAAGAAAUUCUAGAGAAGACAUCUCGCGUGGUUCUUUCAGAGAUUAAGGGUGAGGCUAUCAAGCAACAUGGAGAUCAACUUGGCUCUGUAGUAUCGAACAGUAUCAGGAGGCAGCUUACGGCGGAAUUGAAGAACAUUGCUACAAUUUUCAAGAACACUGCUUACACAGAAGGUUUUCAUGCUAGUAAUCACCAGCAGCCGAAGCGAUCAUGAAACUUUCACAUUCAACCAGGCAUAUAUCAGAAAAGAGUAUUUUAGAUGAGAAAGUUAGACAAAACAGAUCGCUAGUUAGCAUUCUUCUCCUCUCAUUGUUUUAUGGACGCCAAAUCAUUGGAAUAAUUCUAUUAAACAAUGUAAAUGGUGAUCCUUUUCUGGAAACCCUUAACUUUCAUACCGUUCCUAUAA